AUGGAGAGUGAAGUGAAAGCUAGUGAUGGAGAUGAGAAGGGUGGUAGUAAAGGUAAGGCGAGGGGUUAAGUGAGAGAUGUGGUUGCUGAUUGGAGGUAGAUGCAGAUGGCAUUCAUUCGGCAAGCGAGAAGUCUACUGAUGACGAGGGUGAUGGAUAUGAUGGCGAUGACGGCUACGACGGUAUGUCAAUCCAUACCGAUUCCUCUCCUGAGUCGGUAGCCGCCGAAGGGGAUUCAGCAAAGACAGAAGAUAAACCCGAUAUCAUGACCAUUACCCAAAACGAAGCGAGAAGCGCGGUACUAGAGACAUCAGGCACAGAGACAAAAAACGAGGAACAAGAACGGAAUGAGGAGUCUAUUCUCUAUGGCGACAACACCUCCAAGUCUGGUAAGGAAGAAUCCCAAGAAAAUAACCAUGUCAAAACUGCUAACGCUCCCAACCAAAUGGUAUCCAACGCCCACCUAACUCCAACUAGCACCGCAAACACGCAUGAAGAACCAUCCGCCCUCCUUUCAACCAAAAAUGACAAACUCAAGAAGAAAGAUAACCUCCGUUGUAAGACACCAUACAUCAUCACAACCUACGGACGCAAAGUAAAUUACUACCCCAAGUACCUUAGGCUCUCCCGCCCACAGCUUAUUAGGGGAAUGCGAAAAUUGACAUCGAAGUUACCUAGUGAUCGUCAAAAAGAGGCGCACGAUGUUAUUUAUACCCUGGAUGUGAGAUGUGAAGAAGCCGGGGAGGAUAGUGGAAAGUCUACCGCGAGGAGACCUGCUGGAUCUGGCGACGGGAAGGCCGUUGGAGAGAGUGGAGGUGCUUCUGGUGUAGCAUCAAUUACUCCAUUGAAGCGAAAUCGUGGUGAGAGCGAGGGGGAGGAAACGUAAGCGAUAUUACGGGCAUUUUCCAACGUCUUGAUGGAGCUAAUAAUACCACCUUCGCUAAUACUCAGGAUCCAAGCCCCAAGUUGACAAACGAAGUAGAAAAGUACAAAACCCCUCGUACAGAGACCCUACUUAAAGGAGACGAAGGGGAUACUGACGCCGAGGAGUCGGACGCUAGUGAGACCCCUGUAAAGAUAUUCAAGGUCAAAACCUACAAAAUCAAAGACGAAAACGGAGUAACAGUAACCUUUAUACCAAGCAUUGUCUACGACGCUAACAUAUGCACCCUUCUUAAAGAGACGCGAUCUAGACUUACCAACUUGCCAUCCGAGAAGCAGAAACAGUUUACGAUAGCCUACUACACCCUGCAACAGAAGAUCAAAGACCUCGCAAAUCCGUACAAAAAGUCCAUUACGUAUUAUGGCAAAACCCCCACAACUCGUCAGGAGUUCUUGAGCGCUUUUAGUAAAGAGCCUAUCUCAUCACGAGAGAAGAGAGACAAAAAGCCAGCCGAUUCCUCAUCCGAAGAAGCUAUCCAUCCCUGGAUGCCCACGGACAAAACCUGGGAGAUAGUCAAGACCUUCCCAGCUCCUGGCCAUCCAGGAAUUCUCCUACGCUGCUUCGAUCAAUCCUCCAAAUCCCAACCAAUCUACAAGCCCGGCGCCGACAAAGGCAUGUUCAAAUCGGAAUCCUCCUGCAAACGCCUCGACCGCUUCUGCGACCGCCAGGAAUGGUUGUCCCGACACUCCAACUACGCAUACCGCGGCACUACACCCUUCAUCUCUAGCACACGCACGCCCGCCGAGCUCGAUUACCGUAAAGGAUGGUUUAAACUCCGUCAAGGGAACAAGAACCAAGUUGCGCAGAUCAAGGUCGUGGUCCUUAACAUCUUCGCUAGACUGCGAAAGGGCUUCCCGGUUCUGAGUGCGGAGAUAGAACUCCCGUAUUAUAGCGCGGGCACGAGCUUCGCGAGCGCGGAGUAUGCUAAUAGGUAUUAUCGGAAUGAGUUCUUUUUGCCGUAUGUGGUGCAGAUGGGUGAGGUGGUGGGGGUUUGGUGUUGGAAGAGUAUUCAAGAUAAGGGAGGGGCGUUGAAAUGGUUUUGUGAUGUUGCUGUGCCUGCUUUUGAGAGGCAUGAGGAGGCGAGUAUGCAGAGGGUUCUUCUCUCGGACCUUGGCUGUGAGUGCUGUGCGUUUUCGGCUUGA